GUCGGGAGCGCGACGGGGGACACCGGGGACCCGGGCGGCUGACAGGGGGCCCGGGCCGCUGCCGUGUUGUCCGCUCAAGAUGGAGUUCCUCCUGGGGAACCCGUUCAGCACCCCGGUGGGGCAGUGCCUCGAAAAGGCAACAGAUGGCUCCCUCCAGAGCGAGGACUGGACGUUGAACAUGGAGAUCUGCGACAUUAUCAAUGAGACAGAGGAAGGGCCAAAGGAUGCCAUUCGAGCCCUGAAGAAGCGGCUCAACGGGAACCGGAACUACAGAGAGGUCAUGCUGGCAUUGACUGUGCUGGAGACGUGUGUGAAGAACUGUGGCCACCGCUUCCACAUUCUCGUGGCCAACCGGGAUUUCAUCGACAGCGUCCUGGUCAAAAUCAUCUCUCCCAAGAACAACCCUCCCACCAUUGUGCAGGAUAAGGUGCUCGCUCUGAUCCAGGCGUGGGCUGAUGCCUUUCGAAGCAGCCCUGACCUCACCGGCGUGGUGCAUAUAUAUGAGGAACUGAAGAGGAAAGGGGUCGAAUUUCCCAUGGCAGACUUGGACGCUCUGUCUCCCAUCCACACACCACAGCGGAGCGUCCCCGAAGUGGAUCCAGCCGCAGCCAUGCCCAGGUCCCAGUCGCAGCAGAGGACGAGUACCAGCUCCUAUUCCUCGCCUCCUCCUGUCCCCUACUCCGCUCCGCAGGCCCCAGCUCUCAGUGUGACGGGCCCCAUCACGGCCAAUUCGGAACAGAUUGCCAGGCUUCGGAGUGAACUGGACGUUGUUCGAGGCAACACAAAAGUCAUGUCGGAGAUGCUAACAGAAAUGGUCCCCGGGCAGGAGGAUUCGUCCGAUCUGGAAUUGCUGCAGGAGCUGAACAGGACCUGCCGGGCCAUGCAACAGCGCAUCGUGGAGCUCAUCUCCCGCGUGUCCAACGAGGAGGUCACCGAGGAGCUGCUUCACGUCAACGAUGACCUCAACAACGUCUUCCUCCGCUACGAGAGGUUUGAACGGUACAGGUCAGGCCGAUCGGUGCAAAAUGCCAGUAAUGGAGUACUGAACGAAGUGACCGAGGACAACUUAAUAGACCUGGGCCCGGGGUCUCCAGCUGUGGUGAGCCCAAUGGUGGGGAACACGGCACCCCCAUCUUCUCUCUCCUCUCAACUUGCAGGCUUAGACUUGGGGACAGAGAGCGUCAGUGGUACCCUCAGUUCACUCCAGCAGUGUAAUCCGCGUGAUGGCUUUGACAUGUUUGCCCAGACAAGAGGGAACUCCUUGGCCGAACAACGCAAGACGGUAGCCUACGAGGACCCCCAGGCUGUCGGAGGACUGGCUUCUGCCCCAGACAGCCGGAAACAGAGCUCUGAAGUGAUCCCCGUUGCGCAGCCCUCUGUCAUGGACGACAUUGAAGUGUGGCUCAGGACGGACCUGAAGGGCGAUGACCUGGAGGAAGGCGUCACGAGUGAAGAAUUCGAUAAGUUCCUGGAAGAAAGAGCCAAAGCUGCCGAAAUGGUCCCCAGCCUCCCCUCGCCCCCAGGGGACGCCCCAGCCCCAGCCUCAAACCCCUCCGGCCGGAAGAAGCCAGAGCGAUCAGAGGACGCCCUCUUUGCCCUGUGA